AUGGAAUUUACUAGAAUUGUCAUCGAAUUUAUUAUAUUAGCAAACACAGUCAUUACGUUUGUUUCUUCCGAAUCGUUGGAUUGCGAACCCCGACCACGACCAGAUAGCGGUCAAGCAAUUUUCACGGCAUCCAAAAAUUGGAGAAGGGCUGUGGAGGUGUACCAAUGCGAUGCUGGAUACGUUCUGACAGGUCAAACAAAGCACACGUGUAUCGAAGGGGAAUGGUCCGGACAUGUGCCGUCGUGUACACGGCCUACGAGUUCUGGUCACAACAACAAUAUUAUCAGUUCGGCACAAGGUUGGUUUCCGUUCAGACGUAUAUUGAAACUAGACACAAACAGGAGAAUUCAGGAUAACCAAAAGCGGUUAAAAAAUAAAUCUGUAGAUACUGAAACACCUGAAACACUUCAGCAGACAUCAGGACUUGGUACAUUUCAACUUCCGAAACAUAUGAUUAGAGACUCGGCUAAGGAAUAUUCAAUAGGAGACUAUGAUUUGAGCUGUUUAUUUAGAAAACGACACGGCAAAAUUUUUUUGAGAGCACCUAAGUUACCAUUUGCACAUGUGGUGAAGUAUUCCAAGAAUAAAAAUACUAUAGAUCCAAAAAACAAAUAUUUAGAAGCGAUUUACCAUUGUAUCAAAGGGCAUGUGUUCGAAAACCCUUCACAUUCCAAGCUUUAUUGCAGUAAUGGACAUUGGGUAGGUGUAAAACCACUAUGUGUUCCCAAAACGACACCCAUGACUAUGUACCAAAUGGAAUGUUAUAUUAAGUGUCCACCGGACAAGAACAUAAGUUUAGCUGAAGGUGAAAAAUUUAUAAAUUUUGAAGUGGAACAACCAAACACGAAUUACGAUUGGAACAGGUUCGGUACAUUGAGUUCCGGUUGGUCUAAAAACUCAUCGAGAACUUUGGUACCAGGUUUGUAUAUAAUCACCUACACUGUUCGAGAUGAUGAAGACACGGAUAUUGCAUCAUGUAGGACUACUGUACGAGUGACGGAUGACGAAGUUCCGUCUGUACAAGAUUGUCCUUUGUAUUUGGAGGUAAUAGAGGACUUUUCAAAAAAGAAUACCGUUCCUGUAUCAUGGCCGGAACCUCUGUUUUUGGACAACAUAGGCGUACACAAGUGGCAAAACGAUGAUCGGGCAGUAAUUGAAAUUGAAAACGGUAAACCAAAAGAAACGUUAAAUAGAGUCAUUUGA